AUGUCGGGUCGUGGAAAGGGAGGAAAAGGUUUGGGAAAAGGAGGAGCCAAGCGUCACAGGAAGGUCCUGAGAGACAACAUCCAAGGGAUCACCAAGCCGGCGAUUCGGAGAUUGGCUCGUAGAGGUGGAGUCAAGCGUAUCAGUGGUUUGAUCUACGAGGAGACACGUGGCGUCCUCAAGAUCUUUUUGGAGAACGUUAUCCGUGAUGCCGUUACCUACACCGAGCACGCUAGGAGGAAGACUGUGACUGCGAUGGAUGUGGUUUAUGCUCUGAAGAGACAAGGCAGGACGCUCUAUGGGUUCGGCGGUUAAGGGUCGUUUUUUUAGAAUCGCGUUUGCGUUUCUGGGUUUAGGCGUAUUAAAUUUUAAUCAAAUCAUGUGUUUGCGUUUUAAUUCUGUUUGUGUGUUGCGGUAGCGUUUCGUUUUAUAUGUAAUUACGUUUUUUAUAUUGUGUUUUAGCGACACAAUAUCAAAAGUAAUCUAUGGUUAAGUUUCUACUGAACUAUAUUCGAAUUUAGUUUCCAC